CCUCCUGCCUCUGCCACGGCCUCAUCAGUUUCCUGGGGUUCUUGCUGCUACUGAUCACCUUCCCCAUUUCCGGCUGGUUUGCCCUGAAGGUAAGGCUGACUGGGUCAGCUCCCAGGGUGGUUGGGCCACACUGAGAGCUUUGGCAUUGAUGGAUGAAUUCUCUGUCCUCUGCUCCCUUCCCCUAAAUAUUAUAUGAUAACACUUCUGUGAAAUGGGCUGAGCAAGGAUUGUUCAUUUUCAUCUUUCAGAUCAGGAAACUGGGCUCAGACUUGUCCAAAGUCAUCCUGGGAGCCAGUAAGUGAUAGAAACAAGCCUUCCCAAACUCCCAGUCCUGGCGUCAGGACACUGGCUUAGGGUGGCACAGAUAUCUCUGCCAAAUCUUCCUCCUGUUGGGUUAGGCUAAAUUAGAAAUGAAAAACACUCAACUUGGCCCAGCAGUCAAUGAGUAGUAAUAGGAAUUCAGGCCUCGUUUUCAACGAGGGUUGGUAUAGAUGGGAAGAGGAUGCACUAGAGUUGAGGCUCACACCUGAAAGCUGCAGUGAAGGUGGAAGCCCAGGCAGGCCGUGUCCUUCGUGUGGCCCUAGGCCACAGCCAACUUCUCUAGAAAGCCUUUGGGUUUGGUGUGGUCUGAAAGGGAGUCCUUAGAAGAUCCUAAAAUCCUAGUCCUAAAACUGCCUCUGAAACAAAUACUGUGUGACCUUGGGCAAGUCACUUUGCCUCUCUGGUCCUUCAUUUCUCAAUUUGGACAUAUUUUCUUCUUUGAGGACUCCAGGGACCUGAAGUUGGCAAAGCCCUUUGCUUGGAGGUGCUGUUAGAGCAGCCCCACCCUUUCUCCUAACUAAUUCAAGGGCAGACAGUUUCCUGGUUUGACUCAUGUCUAGCUGCAGACCACGGAAGUGAAAAGUGUCUGUGAGGAUCAAGUCAAUACAGUGUGGUAGUUGAGAGCAUGGCCCCUGGAGUCGUUCAGAACUGCAUGCAAGUCUUGCCAGUUUCACUUAGGGGCUGUGUGGUUUUUGAGCAAGUCACCGAACCUCUCAGAGCCUUGGUUGUCUCAUCUGAAAACAGAGCUAAGGAUACCUGACACUGACCCAGAUCGUGCCCACCUAUGAGCGGAUGAUUGUGUUUCGCCUGGGCCGGAUCCGCACCCCUCAAGGGCCUGGCAUGGUUCUGCUCCUGCCCUUCAUUGACUCCUUUCAGAGGGUGGAUCUGAGGACGCGAGCCUUCAGUGUCCCUCCCUGCAAGCUGGCCUCUAAGGAUGGGGCUGUGUUGUCCGUGGGGGCCGACGUCCAGUUCCGCAUCUGGGACCCAGUGCUGUCGGUGAUGACUGUGAAGGACCUGAACACGGCCACGCGCAUGACAGCCCAGAAUGCCAUGACCAAGGCCCUGCUCAAGAGGCCUCUGCGGGAGAUCCAGAUGGAGAGGCUCAAGAUCAGCGACCAGCUGCUGCUGGAGAUCAACGAUGUGACCAGGGCCUGGGGGCUGGAGGUGGACCGUGUGGAGCUGGCGGUGGAGGCCGUGCUCCAGCCACCCCAGGACAGCCCGGCUGGGCCCAGCCUGGACAGCACCCUCCAGCAGCUGGCCCUCCACUUCCUGGGAGGAGGCAUGUCCUCGGUGGCAGGAGGUGCCCUGCCCCCGGGGCCAGCAGACACCUUGGAGAUGGUGAGCGAAGUUGAGCCGCCUGCCCCUCACGUUGGUGCUGGGCCCACCCCGAAGCAGCCUGUGGCUGAGGGGCUGCUGGCAGCCCUGCAGCCCUUCCUGUCUGAGGCCCUGGUCAACCAAGUCAGGGCCUGCUACCAGUUCAAUGUCACCCUGCCUGGUGGCACCCAGAGCACCUACUUCCUGGACCUUGCUACAGGGCAAGGGAGGGUGGGACACGGGGUGCCUGACGGCAUUCCUGAUGUGGUGGUGGAGAUGGCCGAGGUGGACCUGCGGGCCUUGUUGUGCAGAGAGCUGCGACCCCUGGGGGCUUACAUGAGCGGGCGGCUGAAGGUGAAGGGUGACCUGGCCGUGGCCAUGAAGCUGGAGGCUGUCCUCAGGGCCUUGAAGUAGCAGCCUUGGCUGACCAUCCAUAGCCCAGCCCCGAGCCUGACACCAAGUCAGGAGGAUGUCUUGGAAGAGGAGUCAUUGGCACUGCACCUCAGAGUAUUGAGGCCCUGAGAAGUUUCAGGCCCAGCCAGGAGCCAAUAAAUGGAGGCUGAGAGACACCGGAGCUGGGAGAGGCUGCGUCAGGCUGCCCUGUCCUCACCCACAGUGUUCCCUGGAUAAGCCUUUGCCCAUCCCGGGCCCCGGCCGAGCGCCCAGCCCUGAGCUGGGUACACGGCGCGAUGACAGGAGCCAGGCCUGUUCCGCUCUGCUGGCUACCUGACUACAGAGGCAGGGCCCACAGAAACAGCCUGAUGGCAGCUGGUUUGGUCCCAGUGUGAGGGGGCAAAGCAUGUGGCUCAGGCUCCAAGCUCCAGAGGGGGCGUCAGAGAGGCUGGGAGAGGGAGAGGGAAGGCGGCCACCAAGAAGAGCGGGUUCUGGAGAUCAGGCUGGGCCUGCCUUCCUGAUCGCAGCUGAGGUCCGGCUAGUGGGGGGUGGGAGUGGGAAAGUAUGGGGCCUGCUCCUCCCCCGGCCCUGCUCCUGAAGGCGUCUUGACUCAUCUGCCAGCUCUGUCUUGCAUGCCUGGCGGGCUGGGGCCCAGGGCAGCAUGAAGGAGGGCCCUGCUGUUCCUAUGCUUCUUACCAGAGGUUUGAAAACCUCAAAUAAAUGUGGUGUUUACAAUGUA